AUGGCGUCUCAGUGGCAGGGCAUGGCGGCCUCCAUGCGUAGACGAUCACUCCUAAAGGAGGAACAUCUAGAGAAGGCGGUGACCCGGUCUGCUGAGGGCCAUCUGGAGACGGGUCCUCUGGGCUCCCUGUGCAGACAUUUCCAAAGGAGGCUGCCACUGAGAGCCGUCAGCCUCAACCUCGGGACUGGCCCCUCCUGGAAACGCCUGGAAACCCCAGAGCCAGAGCAGCAGCAUCUUAAGGCUUCAGCUCUCUCAGCCAAAAGCGCCUUGGGUGCUAUGUCCCAGAGAAUCCAGGAGUCCUGCCAAAGUGGCACCAGGUGGCUGAUGGGAACACAGGUGAAAGUGAAGAAAAAACGAGGAGUCCAGAAAGACAGAGGGUCCUCACCACCCAGUCUGAGCCAGAAGAACACUCGGCUAUACAGGGCCAUCCGGGAUGCCAGAGUCGGGGGACAUCCGCGCCUCUCUGGCCAGAUGGGUCUACAUGCCCAUCGACGUCAGCGGCUAAGGAGGGAGGCUGCCCUCCGGAGCCCCUGUUCCUCCACAGAACCUCUCUGCUCUCCCAGUGAGUCUGACAGUGACCUAGAGCCUGUGGGGGCUGGAAUCCAGCAUCUCCAGAAGCUGUCACAAAAACUGGACAAAGCCAUCAAGGCCGAAGAGAGUGGUGACAUGACUGUCUCCCUUAUUCGUGAAUGAGGACAGCAGGCAUCCUACAGGAAACAGGCUCUGUCCAGCCACCAAGCCGUCAGGAUGUCCGUACCACCCACCCCAUGAACUUCCAGAGGAGGCACUGGGCUCAUCAGCAUCCCCAGGCCACUGCUAACAAGGACUUGACUAACAGGGGAUCCAGAAGCCUUCUAUUUCAGCCAUAUCUGGGCCCAUUGAU